CCCCCUAGGGCAAAAAGGCAAGCAAGAGUGAGCAGGUGUGCGCCUCAUCUUACCUGCAGCCGGGGUGUGGGGGUCACGCACUGGGAAGACGCGUCUCUCGUGGCCGAUCGUCGACGCUUUUCGGCCGGCCAGGGCUCUGCAGAGGAGCCGCUCUUGGACGGAGCCCCUAGGAAGAACGGAAUAGAUUUUUUUAUUUAUAUAUAUAUAAAAGUGGGACCGAGAAUUGGACUGAAUUGGGGUGGCGGAUGUGACAUGCCGGUUCAGAUAUGCACGGUACGGUACGGACCGGACCCUGAAUCGUGAUGCACUUUACCCGGGCGCCGAAGAGAGCAUGAAGGACACUGGAGAAUCGAAAGAGCAACAACUAACUGUCGCCCUGAGGAUCCGCCCCCUCAGCGAUGGCGAGCAGGAAGAGGCGGCGACCAUCGUUGCCCACCGGCUGGACGACCAGAUGGUGGUCCUGAUGGACCCCAUGGAGGACCCGGACGACGUCCUGCGGGCCAACCGCUCCAGGGAGAAGACGUACGUGUUCGACGUGGCCUUCGACUACCUGGCCAGUCAGGAGGAAGUGUAUCGAGCCACCACCAAGGGCCUGAUCGAGGGCCUCAUAUCAGGCUACAACGCCACCGUCUUCGCCUACGGACCAACGGGUUGUGGGAAGACGUACACGAUGCUGGGGACCGACAAGGAGCCCGGCAUCUACGUCCGCACCUUGAACGAACUCUUCAGAGCCAUCGAGGAGACCAGCGAUGACAUGAUGUACAGUGUGUCCAUGUCCUACCUGGAGAUCUACAACGAGGUGAUCCGGGACCUUCUGAACCCGUCCUCGGGCUUCCUGGACCUGAGGGAGGACGCCAAGGGCGUGAUCCAGGUGGCGGGCAUCACCGAGGUGUCCACCAUCAACGCUCAGGAGAUCAUGGAGCUGCUGAUGAAGGGCAACAAGCAGCGCAUGCAGGAGCCCACGGCCGCCAACCAGACGUCGUCGCGCUCGCACGCCGUCCUGCAGGUGGCGGUCAAGCAGCAGAGUCGCUGCCGGGACGUCCUGCAGGAAGUCCGCUUUGCCCGCCUCUUCAUGAUCGACCUGGCCGGCUCGGAGCGAGCAGCGCAGACCCAGAACCGGGGUCAGAGGUUAAAAGAGGGCGCCCACAUCAACCGCUCCCUGCUGGCGUUGGGGAACUGCAUCAACGCGCUGAGCGACAAGAACGGCAACAAGUACGUCAACUAUCGAGACAGCAAGCUGACUAGGCUCCUGAAGGACGCCCUGGGCGGGAACAGCCGCACCGUCAUGAUCGCACACAUAAGCCCCGCCUCCGUGGCGUUUGAGGAGUCCCGCAACACGCUGACGUACGCCGACCGCGCCAAGAGUAUUCGCACGCGGGUGAAAAAGAACCUGAUAAACGUGUCGUACCACAUCGCUCAGUACACCAACAUCAUCUCGGACCUUCGCUGCGAGAUCGAACGCCUCAAGAGGAAGAUCACCGACCAGGCGGCCCGCCGGCACGGCUCCGACAGGGCCGACAUCCGCCACGUCCAGGCGGAGGUCCAGGCCCACUCGUGCAAGCAGAGUCGGGCGGACAUGGACCAGCUGAGGGAGCAGCUCCUGGACGCUUUCCGCCAGCAGAUGGAGAUCCGCAGGAACCUGAUGGCCCUGGAGAAUAACAACAUGGAGAUCCAGAUUGACACGUCCAAGCAGCUGCUCACCAUCGCAGACUGGGAGCACGAGCGCAGCCGGCGGAGGAGGAAGUGGCGAGCUGAAAAACGAAAAGAAAGCACGAGUAAAGAUGACAGCGAGAAGGACUCCGACUCCCCGGACUCUCCGCCGGACUCCAACGUGACGGAAGAGGUGGCGUUGGCCAGAGAGAACCUGGUGGCUCUAAUGACUCAGCAGAAGAAGCUCCACAAGCAGAAGGCGCAGCUGGAGCGCAAGUUCCUGGAGCUGCGAGACAAGGCCCGCCAUUUGGAGGAGCUUCUCCCGCGGAGGGUGAGCUCAGAGGAGCAGCGGGAGAUACUGGGCCUCCUGUGCAAGGUGCACGAGCUGGAGAUCGAGAACGCGGAGAUGGAGUCCCACGCUCUCCUCAAAGACAACGUAAUCCGGCAGAAGAACUUUGUGGUGAAGCGUUUCGAGAUGCACCGGCAUCUCUGCGACGAGAUCAUACAGCAGCAGCGGCAGUUCAUCAACGAACACAGCCUUCUAGUCCCGCCCCAACUACAGGAGCUCUAUGAAAUCUACACCAGAGAGCUGGACGAGAGGAAGCUGGACCGAGCCGUGGCUUUGGACAAGGUGACCACCAGGCACACCAUCAAGGGGGGCUCUCUCCCCAAGAUCGCCCUGCCCGCUCAAAACCGCGACGCCAUCCAGGAUCUGGACUCGGACCAGGAGAGCGUGCGUAACACGUGUGCGGACGAGCGGCGCGGACAAGCCAAACUUCGCCGGCACACCCUGCCUCCCAUCCUGCCGGAGUCUGACCAGGACAACAACCGGGUUUUUAGGAACGCCGCUCAGGCCCGACACGCGAAGAACUCCGCGGUCAUGACGCCGCCUCCCAUCCAUAUCAACGGGAAGGGCAACAGAGAGCCGCUGGCACCAGUUAGCUCACUCAGCUACACCCACCUCAGCCACAGCGUCAGCAGCCACCUGGACUCGUCGCCUGAAAGCAGCGAGGCGGGUCCUGACGCCCCCCUUUCCCGAACCGAGAGGCAGCAGAUCCUAAGGGGGGUCCACAACAUUUCGGUGAAGGCGGCCCGGCGGCGCUCCAAAGCCCGGGAAGCCGAGUCCCUGCGGUUGCCCCCGGCACCCUCGCCGAUGGAACCCCCGAAGCGAAAGAGCGGGCUAUUCUCUGGCGAGGCGCCCCCUGGUGGUCUGCCCUUGCGGCGCGGCCGACAGCCCAGCCCCGAGAUCCGGCACGCCACGUCCGACGACAACCUGUCCAGCAGCACCGGCGAAGGCACCGGCGAAGGCGCCGGCGAGGGCGCCGGGGUGCGGGCGACGUGGAUGCGGCCCCACAAGCCUGGCGGCAAGAACCAAACCCCCCGGGAGGCCGACUUUGAGGCGCGCCGCAGGAAGAGGCGCUCGCGCUCGUUCGAGGUCUCCGGGCAAGCCCUGCCCCAGUCCAAAACAACCCCGGCGUCAAGGUUCCGACCCCUGGACAGCACGUCGGACCCUCACCUCCAUAUCAACGGUCAGCCCCAGGUGCCCAUGCUCCGCCCCCAUUAUCGGGGGGUCCCGCCCCUUGCCAAGGUCCGGGCACCGCUCAGCAACCAGCAAGCAGAGGCCCCCACCCCGCAGCUGAACAACCUGAAGCGGGGGCCCCUCCUGCGGCAGCCCCAGCCCCCCCUCCACGUGGCCUCCAACGGGGGGCAGCGCCCACGCAGACAUUGAAAAGACAUGCAAGAUGGUGGAGCCACGGUGAUGCCAAAGUGCUAACCAAAAGUAGCAGCGAAGCUUUUGCACGUCUUGGGACUACAGCAUGUCAUCCUCCCCUUGGGGGGGGGGGUACAUUUUUCUCACCCCCCCCCGAGACGUCAUUUUUUUCCUCACGCACAUCCAUGGUUACAUACAUUUUCUCUUAUGUGCCCCUUUAAGACAUCAUUUUUUUCUCAUGCACCCCAUUGUAGAUGUAAUUUUUUCUCACGCCCCCCUUGGGGACAUAAUUUAUUUUGUCUCGCCCCCCCCCCGAAGACAUAAUUUUCUUCCUAACGCACAUCCAUGUGAACAUAAUUUUUUUCCUAUGUGCCCCUUCAAAACAUUUUUUUUUCUCUUGCACCCCUUUGUAGAUGUAAUUUUUUCUCACGCCCCCCUUGGGGACAGAAUUUCUUUCUCUCGCCCCCCCCAACCCCCCCCCCCCCCCCCCCCCGACCGAAGACGUAAUUUUUUUCCUCACGCACAUCCAUGGGAACAUACAUUUUCUCUUAUGUGCCCGUUCAAGACAUCAUUUUUUCUCAUGCACCCCAUUGUAGACAUAAUUGUCACUCACGCCCCCCCUUGGGGACAUCACUUUUUUCUCUCACCCCCAUUGGAUACAUUUUUUUUUCACUUGCUCUUUCCAAACAUAAUUUUUUUCCUCACGCACCUCAUUGUAGACAUAAUUUUCUCUCACUCCCCCAUAAGGGACAUAAUUUUUUUCUCUCGCCCCCCCCCCUUGAAAAGCUAUUUUUUUUUCUCACACCCUUCCUUGGGAACAUACAUUUCCUCUCACGUUCCCCUUCAAAACAUACAUUUUUGUCACACAGCCAAUUGUAGACAUAAUUUUUUUCUCACACUCCCCUUGGGGACAUAAUUUUUUUCUCACGCCCCCCUUGUGGACCUAAUUUCUUUCUCUCGCCCCCGCCCUGAAAACGUAAUUUUUUUCUCACACCCUUCCUUGGGAACAUACAUUUCCUGUUUCUCACACCCCUCCUUAGGAACAUACAUUUCCUGUAAUGUCUUUCUCACGCCCCCAAAAGGGAGACAUUAUUUGUCACGCCCCCUUUGAGACAUAAUUGUUUUCUCACACACCCCAUUGUAAACGUAAUUCUUUAUCACGCAUCCCCCGGGUACAAAAUAUAUUUCUCACGCACCCCAAUUUGGACAUGAUAUUCUCUCACGCUCUCUUUGAGGACAUCAUUUCUUUCUCAUGCCCUCCCUACUUGGGAACAUACAUCUUCUCUUAUGUGCCCCUUUAAGACAUAGUUUUUUUUUCACGCACCGCAUUGUAGAUGUAAUUUUCUUUCACGCCCCCCUUGGAGACAUAAUUUCUUUCUCUCGCCCCCACCCCCUUGAAAAACGCAAUUUUUUUUUU